CUAACCUGGCACAUUGCAGAAGCUUGGAGACUGGCUCUACCUUCUGUUGCCUACAUAAUCAGAAGACAAGAACUACCACGGAAGAAGUGUUACCAUGGCUACCGAGAUUGGAUCUAUUGUUAUAACGCCACCACACAAACCAAGCUACUUACACAACCCAGGAAUCGAACCAAUAUCCGCACUGACAGUUGGACAAUUGGUUGACAUCGCAGCCGACAAAUGGCCGGACAAGGAAGCAAUCGUGUCCGUCUUUCAAGGACACCGUUACACUUUUGCAGAAGUCCGGGAAAAGACGGAUAAUCUUGCCGCGGGACUCACGCAAUUGGGGCUAAAACCCGGGGACCGACUGGGAAUAUGGGGCCCGAAUUCUACACAAUGGUACAUCACCAGACUGGCUGCAGACAGAGGUGGAUUCAUAGCGGUUCAUAUCGACCCCAUGUACCAACCACCUCAACUGUUGCAUGCACUCACAAAAGUGGGGGUGAAACUCCUCGUCUGUCCGGGGGACUCUUUCUACGAGAGGCUUCGAGUUAUCGUUCCGGAAUUGGAUAACUACCCGGAAUCAGGGGCUGAACUUUCCAGCGCCAAAGUUCCAUCACUCAAAUCACUCGUCGUUAUAAGCGACAAGCAAUACCGCGGCGCGUACCGUUACGAUGAUGUCCUAGCCUCAGCUCUUCCCGCUACCGUGAAGAAAAUUCGAGAGUUGCAGACACUGAUAGAUCCUGAUGAAGGGAGCUGCAUACUGUUCUCAUCCGGAACCACAGGACAACCGAAAGGAGCCCUGAUGUCACACAGAGGGUUGGUAAAUGGCGUGUUCUUCCCCGGACAAUGGUUUCUUCCGGACACCCUCGAUGGCGCACUGGUUUUGCCAGUGUUAUUCUGUCAUACAUCAGGGUUGAUGGCCGGAAUUAUGGGCACUGUGCGAUUCGGCGCUACCUUGAUACUUCCGUCCGCCACGUUUGACAUAAAGAAGACGCUAGAAGCCAUCAUCAAAUUCGGAGCCGCGAUGACUCUCGGUACUCCGUCGUUGUUCGUCGACAUGAUAACCAUUGCUCGUCAGGAAGGGCUGAAGGUCACUACCCUGAAGACGGUGGCAUAUGGUGGGGCCCCCUGCCCCGUGCAAGUAGCCCUGGAGAUGAAGGAAGUACUGAACAUCAAGCGAAUACUACCCAUAUUUGGAAUGACAGAAACUGGGCUGACUUUCGUGGGUAAACCGGAAGACACUCUGGAGCAGAUGACGUCUACAUCCGGCUGUCUCUGUUACCACACAGAGGCGAAGGUAGUUGACGUAAACGGAAGAAUGGUUCCCAUGGGAACUCAAGGAGAGCUUUGGGUUAGAGGCUACUCAGUCAUGAAUGAAUACUGGGGAGACGAAGAAAUGACGCGGCAGCUGAUAACAAAGGAUGGGUGGGUUAAAACUGGGGACUUGUUCAUUCUGCAAGAGGACGGAUACGGGAAGGUCGUGGGUCGAAUCAAUGAAGUAAUCAUCAGAAUUGGAGACAAGAUCUUCCCGACUGAGCUGGAGGAGUUCUUCCAGGAACAUCCCGACGUGCAGGAGACGCAGGUCUUCGGUGUUCCCGACUCACGGACUGGAGAGGAAAUUUGUGCGUAUUUUCGUCUCAAAGAUGGAACGACUCUCACCCAACAAGAUAUCGUGGAUUACUGCAAGGGCAAGAUCCCUGACUACCAGAUUCCGCGUUACAUCCGGUUUGCGAAUACAUUUCCCAGAUCACCAAUGGGGAAGGUAGUGAAAUCAUAUCUCCUCCAGACCCUCCUGAAAGAGAUCGAGGGAAAAUAAUCGGCCAUGACACGCAGAUAUUGAACCUGAAAAAUCCACAAAGUAAACAAGAAUAAUUCUAAUAAAAUUACUAAUAACCUAACCCAAUACCUAGUGUAACAUUUAUUCCUUUACAGUUAUUGUUAUGAACUGGUAUUUUUAAAAUUAUGCUGUCUCGGCAAAGCGAUCGUUUGCGACAUCUUUCUCUAUAAACCACAGAUUUUUUUAAAAAAAAAAUUAAGGAGUGGUUGGUUAUUAUUUACAAAGUUGUUGAUGUUCUACCUUCAAAAGAACAGUUGUUUUAAAUAUUACAAAAGUCUCUUCCGUCUGUUUUAAGUUUUUCCAUCCUCACACCCCCCCCCCUUGCCAACCUGACUAUUUGCACAUUUGUUUCCAGUCCAGAAAGAAGGGAGAGACUGAUUCCGUCUUUUUGGAUCACGUUGGCAAUAGCACAUCUUCCGCUAGAGUAAAAUUUAUAAUUUCGGGCACAACAACCUAAUUUUGUUGAAAUGUUUAUCAUGAGAACACAUCGACUACAUUGUUCACUAAUGUAUUUUUUAUAGUGUUAAUAGUUUGUUUCUUUGCUUAUUUUAUUUUCUAAUACACUACACGGUACGCAAAGUUUUAAGAAAAUAUUCGUUAGGACAUUUUGUAAUUUAUAAAAUUUAAUUCAGCAUUGUACAAAAUAAAAUCUGCAUAGUAAAUAUGCAAUAAAAGUAUUUCAUGGGAUCGUAUAAAAUGAAACACAUCCAAGACAAUUAAUAAAUUACAUAUUCGAGAUCAGAGUUUAAAGUACAACGCGUUAACUUAAAAAAGUUUAACGCAACUGUCACUUCCAGGCUCCCGACUAAAACUGCAUGACCCACAGCCAAGCGCCACAAGAUUUUCUCGAUACAAGUCAAGUAUCUCUCCAUAAACAAAUAAAAUCGACUGAUAUCAAUUGUAUGAAUUCCUGCCUGGAGCCGGGAAAUGACAAUCCCGUUCAACUUUGUGUUGAUGUUGGAUGUGGUCAGCUGAUGUAAAUUAAAGUUUAAAGUAAAGGCAGUUGAAUUCGAACCAUACGGAAAGAAUUAAUGAAGAAAGAUUGUCUAAAAACGUGUUGUACUGGACACCUCCAGAAAGAAAAAGGACACAUACAUUCGAAUGAAAAACACAUUUUAAAUCCGCUAUGAGAGAUCGAGGUUUUGAGUAUGUUGACUGGGAGAAAAGACUACAUUUGGAAGAAAAUCCGGCUGUUAAAAUCAAGAAGCAGAGAUAAUAAAUAAUGUAAGUUGUGAUUUGCCUUGAUCCUUUUC